AUGCAGCGCAUCCGAGGUCGCAAGAAUGUCAAGAAAGGAUUUCAGUUUACACUCAUGGUCGUGGGCGCAUCGGGUCUUGGCCGCACAACUUUUAUCAAUACUCUGUGCGAUGCUGAUGUUGUCCCCAAACGCGAGUGUGAUGAUCCGGAAAUGGCCCAUAUUGAAGAAGGCAUCAAGAUCAAGCCUUAUACUGUUGUAGAGCUUGACGAAGACGGCGUCAAAAUCUCACUCACCAUAGUGGAUACUCCGGGCUUUGGGGACAUGAUCAACAAUGAUCACUGCUUCCAAGAGAUUCUUGGAUAUCUUGAACGACAAUAUGAUGAUAUCUUGGCAGAAGAAUCUAGGAUCAAGCGCAAUCCGCGCUUCCGUGACAACCGUGUUCAUGCACUUCUUUACUUUAUUGCGCCUACUGGUCAUAGCCUCCGGGAGAUUGAUAUUGAGCUGAUGAAACGUCUGAGCCCUCGAAUCAAUGUCAUACCAGUCAUUGGAAGAGCUGACACCCUCACUUCUAAUGAGCUGGCUGAGUUCAAGAAACGAAUCAUGGAGGACAUCGAACACCACAAUAUUCCUAUCUACAACUUUCCUUAUGAUCCUGAAGAGGACGACGAAGAAACAGUUGAGGAGAACAGCGAACUCCGAUCACUCUUACCAUUUGCGUUGAUUGGGUGCGAAGAAGAAAUCGAAGUUAAUGGUCGCACGGUCCGUGGAAGGCAAUAUCCAUGGGGCAUCGUAGAGGUUGAUAAUUCAGAACAUUGUGAUUUUGCAAAGUUGCGAUUUGCUCUUCUUAGUUCGCAUUUGCAAGAGCUCAAGGAAAUUACACACGACUACCUCUAUGAGAACUAUCGUACAGAGAAACUUUCUCGCACUGAGGAAGGCGAGGAAUAG